CCGUUGGCCGCCUCGUCAGCCUGCUGUAAACACCUCAUCACUUCCUUGCCUUUCCCCUCUCGAUAUUAUCGUGGUCUUCAUCUACCUUCAAAGGCUACCCUCAGAUCCGUUUUCCAUUCUCUGCCGUCCUGUUGGUUGAUGUUGAUGCUGAGUAGACUGCACUGCACGUCUAAAUAACUGUCGCUCUAUCCCUCUGUGCUGACGGCACUACCACUUAUCACCAUGCCUGCCACACAGGCUAUUGUGACUCUCCGCCCUUUGUCCGUAUCCGAUGAUUUGCCAUAUCGAUCCCUAGAGUUCACUUCUACCAAUAACCAAGUCAACAUUGGUCGGGCUUCUAAGCGUGAAUCAAAGAAUCUUAUCCCCGCCAGAAACAAUGGUUUAUUUGAAUCGAGGGUCAUGUCACGCAACCAUGCCAAGCUAUGGGUGUGCUUCGACGAGCAGCUCGUCUACAUUCGUGACGGUGGGUCGAUGCAUGGUACCUGGAUAAAUGGGAAGAAAAUCCCAACAGAGGAGGACUCUGUCAUCAAACAUGAUGACGUGGUCACCUUUGGCUCCACAGUGUAUCGUGGCUCUGAUACCUUCCCUCCACUAAAAGUUCGUUGUGAAUUCGAAUGGCCUGACCCUUUCCAAAGAACCGCCCUUGCAACCAAUACCUUUUGUGUUCCUGACGAUGAUGACAGUGAUGCAAAAGAAGAUUCCGUUCCUAUGGUGGUUGCAUCCGACAGUGCUUCCGAGAUUGACAACUCCACCCCCGAUUCAGAUUCAGACGACCAAUCCGUCAUGGAGGUUUCGUCGCCUUUGACGUCCCCUCUGAAGAGGGACGACGCAAGAAAUUCCCACGUGGGUGCCUGCUCAGAUACAGAUCAAGUGGGUAGACAUGAUGGCCAGCAAGGAUCCCAAUUGAGCCCUAUUGAUCUCGAGCAUGGACAACAUGAACAGCCUCUGGUAACUCCCCGGAUGACCCCACCCUCCGUCAUAGAUCCUAUCGACGAUCCAAGUAACACGGCUCAUGAUUUUGAUGCUUUCAUCCAGGAGGCGGACAGUGCGUCUGCAAUGAGUACCUCUGACGACGAGGAUUCCAGCUGGGGCGAAGAUGACCAUGCUGGUUCGGAUGACGACGAAGAUGACGAGGUUGAUUCCCAGUCUUCGUUCAGAUCCCAUGCAGAACAGUCUCAUGAAGAUGAGGAGUCUGUGAGAUCGAGCAGCCUUCAUGUCCUGGGGAUUCGCGACUUGAUAGCAUCAGAGGCGAGCUAUGCUGUGGAGGAAACAAAUGCCCGCUUGCCAUCUGGAAAUGAUACUUCCAGGCCCGAAUUCAACGAUCGACAUGGGGAGGAUAUGGCAUGUGACGCUGAGACGUGUGAGCCGGAGUUGCUCGCCGUUAGGAAUUCCACAUCAGAUCUGCGUUCUCAGAGCACUGGCCCUUCCAGAAUAAUUUUGACCGAAGCUCCACCGCCGCCAAUCUUAUUGCAGCCAACUCUGUCAUCUCCGUAUGGAAAGACAGUCGAUCGUUCGCUACCUAGCUACCAGAAUAACCCUCCAAUGAUGCACAUGGACUGGUGGAAUCCACGAACCACUGCAAACACUUCAUACUCCCUGCAUAUCCCCCAAACUCCGCAAGUGCCUUACGCUGACGGACCCUUUGUCAACAACGAGUCGUUCCUGCUUGGUGAGACUGAUCCUGCUUGUAACCGUGGUAAUGAUUCAGUCAUUGCGUCUAUGGCUACCCCUGGAAUUAUAAGCCAGGAAGCAGCUUCGAGUGACGGACAAGAAAUCCAGGAGACACCCAUGCCUCAGAAACAGCCAGAUGCCAUUCCAACACCAUUGCCACAGAUGCAAAGGUCCGAGACAGGAUUAGAUAGCGUUCCCGCAAACAAGCCACUGAAAAGGAAGGCGGAGGAGAUUGAUGGCCCGUCUGGGAGUUCCGAGCUAGACGUUGCUACUUAUCAUCGAGACGGGGUUGACUCAGCUGUGACAAGCGAUAGCCAAUCGUCUGACCAAGAGACUUGCUAUCCGGAUGCUCAGCCACAGAUGCCAACGGACCAACAGGAAAUUACAUCCCAGUUGGCAGACUUAGACAGUGCGAACGAGCUGCUGUCAGUUGACGACCCCAUUAAUGAUGCCGAGACGACUGCACCUCCUACAAAGCGAGCAAAGACUUCUAGUGCGGGGAGGUUUGCCAGCCAUGCUGCAAGUGCUGCGUUGGGUGUAGCCAUCGGUGCUUUCGGUACUAUCGCUGCGUUGGCGUCGCUCCCCCCAGAUUACUUUCAGUAAAGAACAGGAGUUGACCCAUAAUUGGCCAUUCGCUUUGGAAACCAUGCGCUUCUGCUAUGAAACACGGUGCUUAUGAACCACACCGAGUACGUGGUGCUAUCGGCGUUCUCUUCUCAUACCUUUCCGAAUUGGGAUAUGGCGGGUGCUGCUUCUCUGUCUCUUUUCUUUUUCUUUCUAUCUAUCUUUCUUUCACUUUUCCUAUGUUUGGUAUGGGCGUAUUUCUCGCCGUUUUCUUAUCUUCCUGCUCUAAUGGGCUUCUUCAGAACCGAGGUACAACCAGUCAGCCCCCGCAAACCUGGAUGUA